ACCUCUACCAGCAUGUCGUAACGCCGACAGAACUCCCCAUUGAACGGUACUGCUGGAUGCCACUCUUCAGCAGGGGAGAAUGGGUGAUAGUCCCAUGAGAAUCACCUCCGCCCACAAUUCUUAUUCCAUCCUCUUUAAUGGAGCAUACAGCCGCCUUCAACACAACGUGGAACAUCACCCACACCACCUCUUGGCGUCCAAACACAACCCAGCCUAGCGCCUCAGGACUGAGUGAGCCCAGAGAUGGACACCUCUUGCAAACGCUCGGCCUGUGCACCAUGCUCCUGCUGGACGUACUAGCUAUAGUGGGCAACUUAGCUGUAAUGACAGUCAUCGCCAGGACACCGCGACUACGUAAAUUUGUGUUCGUCUUCCAUCUCUGCCUGGUGGAUCUCAUCGCGGCCCUGGUGUUAAUGCCUCUGGGUAUGCUGUCAGGUCAGGGCUUUUUCAACAAGGCUCUUUGUCAGGGUUACUUGUGUCUGAGCGUGGGACUGAUCAGUGCUGCUAUCCUCACUAUCUCAGCUAUCAACAUCGAGAGAUACUACUACGUCGUUCAUCCCAUGCGCUAUGAGGUGAAAAUGACUGUAGGGUUGGUGGUUUCAGUUCUGAUUGGAAUAUGGAUCAAAGCCAUCCUCAUGUCCGCGUUCCCUUUACUCGGCUGGGUGCUCGAUACAGAGGAGCCGGGAAUGGCUGUGGGGAAAGUUAUGGGGAAAAUCGUUGAACCAAAGUGCUGCUCGCUUUACUGGAUGGAGGAAGGGCCCCAACGACUGGUAUUCAUGGUCCUUUUUACCCUGAUGUACUUCCUAUGUCCUGUCCUCAUCAUCUUUGUGGUGUACUGCAACAUGUUUAAGGUGGCCAGGGUUGCUGCCAUGCAGCAAGGGCCAGUCCCCACUUGGAUGGAGACUCCCAGGCCACGCUCUGAAUCUCUGAGCAGCUACUCCAGCAUGGCAGCCAGCCUCAGCGGAGCUCGAACUACCCCCCAGAGGACUUUCAGUGGGGGCAAGGCUGCGGUUGUCCUAGUCGCCGUAGGAGGUCAGUUCCUUGGGUGCUGGCUGCCUUAUUUCUCCUUCCACCUGUACUGCGCCGUCAUGCCGUCCUCUAACAAAUCCCUCGCACACAUGGCCCAGCUGGAGGAUGUCUUCACUUGGAUUGGGUACUUCUGUUUCACCUCCAAUCCUUUUUUCUACGGCUUUCUGAAUCGGCAGAUCAGGGAAGAGCUGGCCAGAAACCUGGCCUUCGUUUUUAAGUGGGGGCAUCCUGGUGAAGAAGAACAGCUGCCCAGUCGAGAGGCUUCUAUUGAGGAGAACUUUCUCCAGUUUCUUCAGGGCACAGGUAUGCGGCCAAGGAAUUCCCAAAGCAUCUCCAUCCCUCAACAGGAGGAGGACAAUCCUCUCUCCACCGAGCUCCACCAGCCAUCUGUUGACUUCCACAUUCCUGGCCAGAUCAUGGAGGAGACCUCGGAGUUCAUAGAGCACCAACACAUAAAUGACCUUAAUAUAUCAGACAAUUGUAUCAAGACAAAAUCGGAAAUGCAAGGUUGAUAUUUUCAGAUGUGAAAUCUAUAUUUAAUGUAUCAUAUAUUGUUUCUCUGUUUUAGCAUUGGAUCUUUUUAUACUCUGCCGACAA